GAACUCCAAAACGAGAGGGUCCUGAUGCUGUUCACCCGGAAACCAGCACGGAUGAACCGAUGUUUGUUUUGCUACGGCUAACAGUAUGCCUGCUGAACGCAAGCGCUCAGUAAACAUGGAUGAGAAAGAUGUUUGCACCUUCAGCAACAAGGAAAAGGAGAAGGACAGGGAGGCUGAGAGGAGGCCGGCAUCUGCUCGGGACAAGGCCAAAGACGAGGCCAAAAUGAGCGGCAAAAAAGACGGCGGCAAGGAGGAGAAGAGGAAGCGGCUGGAGGAAGAAAAGAAAAAGAAGGAGGAGAAGGAGCGGAAGAAGAAAGAGGAGGAAAAACUGAAGGCAGAGGAGGAGCAGAAGAAGAAGGAAGAGGAAGAGAAAAGGCAGCAAGAGGAGCAGGAGAGGAAGCUUAAAGAGGAGGAAGCCAAAAGACAACGUGAGGAGGAGGCUGCCCUCCUCAAGGAGAAGGAGGAGGGGCAUCAGCUGUACCAGGAGGCAUGGGAGCGCCAUCAGUGUAGGAAGGAACUGCGCAGCAAGAACCAGAAUGCCCAGGAGGGUCGUCCUGAAGAGGCCUUCUUUAGCCGCCUGGACUCGAGCCUUAAAAAGAACACCGCCUUCGUGAAGAAGCUGCGCACGCUGACCGAGCAGCAGCGAGACUCACUCUCCAACGACUUUGCCUCACUCAACCUCAGCAAGUACAUCGGUGAGGCUGUGAGCUCCGUUGUGGAAGCGAAGCUGAAGAUCUCAGAUGUCGGCUGCGCGGUCCAUCUGUGCUCGCUCUUCCACCAGAGGUACGCCGAGUUUGCCCCGUUGCUCUUGCAGGCCUGGAAGAAGCACUUUGAAGCCAGGAAGGAGGAGAAGGCACCCAACGUAAGCAAGCUGCGCACAGACCUCCGCUUCAUCGCCGAGCUCACCAUCGUCGGUCUCUUCACAGACAAAGAGGGUCUCUCGCUCAUUUACGAGCAGCUGAAAAACAUAAUUGGGGCUGACCGCGAGACGCACACCCAUGUUUCCGUGGUGAUCAGCUUCUGUAAGCACUGCGGGGACGACAUUGCUGGGCUGGUGCCCCGCAAGGUGAAACUGGCGGCCGAGAAGUUUGGCUUGGCUUUCCCUCCCAGCGAGAUCAUCAGCAGUGAGAAGCAGCAGCCCUUCCAGAAUCUUCUGCGGGAAUACUUCACAUCACUCACCAAACACCUGAAGAAGGACCACCGGGAGCUGCAGAACAUUGAGAGACAGAACAGGCGGAUCUUGCAUUCCAAAGGAGAGUUGAGCGAGGACCGACACAAGCAGUACGAGGAAUUUGCCACUUCCUACCAGAAGCUGCUGGCCAACACUCAGUCUCUGGCUGAUCUGCUGGAUGAAAACAUGCCCGAGCUGCCUCAGGACAAGACUGUGCAGGAGGAGCACGGCCCCGGGAUCGACAUCUUCACCCCCGGGAAGCCUGGAGAGUAUGACCUGGAAGGAGGGAUCUGGGAAGACGAAGACGCUCGUAACUUCUAUGAGAACUUGGUGGACUUGAAGGCAUUUGUGCCCGCCAUCCUCUUUAAGGACAAUGAGAAGAGCAGUCAGGGCAAAGAGAAGGAGGAUGCCAAAGAUGGCAGAGAGGGGAAGGAUGCGGGCAGCACAACAGAGGAGCUGGAGCUGGAGCUCGAGGCUCUGGACAUCACAGAUGAACCUCUUGAACUAGAGGGACCAGACGAGGUGGAAAAUGAAGAGCUGGCCAAAAAACUGCUCGAUGAACAAGAACAAGAGGACGAGGAAGCUAACACGGGGUCUCACCUGAAGCUAAUCGUGGAUGCUUUCAUCCAGCAGCUUCCCAACUGUGUCAACAGAGACCUCAUAGACAAGGCUGCCAUGGACUUCUGCAUGAACAUGAACACCAAGUCUAACAGGAGGAAGCUUGUCCGUGCUCUCUUCACUGUCCCCAGACAGAGGUUGGAUCUCCUGCCCUUCUACUCUCGUCUGGUGGCGACGCUGCAUCCAUGCAUGUCAGACGUGGCGGAGGACCUGUGCUCCAUGCUGAAGGGAGACUUCAGGUUUCAUAUUCGGAAGAAGGAUCAGAUCAACAUCGAGACCAAGAAUAAAACCGUCAGAUUUAUCGGCGAGUUGGCCAAGUUCAAGAUGUUCUCGAAGACAGACACACUUCAGUGUCUCAAGAUGCUGCUGUCUGAUUUUACGCACCAUCACAUAGAGAUGGCCUGCACACUGCUGGAGACCUGCGGCCGCUUCCUCUUCAGAUCCCCCGACUCUCACCUGCGCACCAGUGUCCUGCUGGAACAAAUGAUGCGCAAAAAGCAGGCCCAGCACCUUGAUGCCCGCUACGUAACCAUGGUGGAGAACGCCUACUACUACUGCAACCCGCCGCCCAUGGAGAAGACGGUGAAGAAGAAGAGGCCGCCGCUGCAGGAGUACAUCUGCAAACUGCUCUAUAAGGACCUGUCCAAGGUCACCACAGAGAAGGUGUUGAGGCAGAUGCGCAAGCUGCCAUGGCAGGACCCCGAGGUGAAGAGCUACCUGAUCUGCUGCAUGGUCAACAUCUGGAACGUGAAGUACAACAGCAUCCACUGUGUGGCCAACCUGCUGGCUGGCCUGGUGGCCUACCAGGAGGACGUGGGGAUCCACGUGGUGGACGGUGUCCUGGAGGACAUCCGGCUCGGCAUGGAGGUCAACCAGCCCAAGUUCAACCAGCGGCGGAUCAGCAGCGCCAAGUUCCUGGGCGAGCUCUACAACUACCGCAUGGUGGAGUCGGCCGUCAUUUUCCGCACCCUCUUCUCCUUCAUCUCCUUCGGCGUGAAUCAGGACGGCAGUCCCAGCCCUCUGGACCCCCCAGAGCAUUUGUUCCGCAUCCGCCUGGUCUGCACCCUGCUUGAUACCUGCGGCCAAUACUUCGAUCGAGGCUCCAGCAAGAGGAAGUUAGACUGUUUCCUCAUCUACUUCCAGCGGUACAUAUGGUGGAAAAAGAGCCUGGACGUGUGGACCAAGGACCACCCGUUCCCCAUCGAUAUCGACUACAUGAUCAGCGACACGCUGGAGCUGCUCAGGCCUAAGAUGAGGCUCAGCAGUUCCCUGGAGGAGGCCAUCAAGCAAGUCAGCGACCUGGAGAGAGAGGUGCUCGUCAAACUAGGUCUGGCCAUGGAGAAGGACGGCCGCUCCAGUGCCAUGAGCGAAGGGGAGGGUCUUGACGAGGAAGAUGAUGACGGGGACGAUGAUGAAGAGGGAGGCGCCGAGACCGAAGAGCAGUCAGGCAAUGAAAGCGAAAUGAACGAACAGGAAGAGGAUGAAGGGUCAGAGAAUGAAGAGGAGGAGAGGGAGGAAGAGGAAGAAGAGAACACGGAUUACCUGACCGACUCCAACAAGGAGAACGAGACUGACGAGGAGAACAAUGAGGUGACCAUCCGUGGCGGCGGGCUGAAGCACGUGGCAUGCGCUGAGGACGAGGACUUCAUUCAGGCUCUGGACAAGAUGAUGCUGGAAAACCUGCAGCAGCGUAGUGGCGAGGCGGUGAAGGUGCACCAGCUGGAUGUUGCCAUUCCUCUGCAGCUGAAGAGUCAGCUGAAGAAGGGACAGCCAUGCAUUAGUGAGGGAGACUCGGACAUCUCCGAUACCAUGCAGUUUGUCAUGCUGACUCGCAAAGGCAAUAAGCAGCAGUAUAAGAUCCUGAACGUGCCGCUCUCCUCCCACUUGGCGGCGAAUCACUUCAACCAGCAGCAGGCCGAGCAGGAGGAGCGCAUGAGAAUGAAAAAGCUCACUCUGGACAUCAACGAGCGGCAGGAGCAGGAGGACUACCAGGAGAUGAUGCAGUCUUUGGCCCAGCGUCCGGCUCCAGCCAACACCAACCGGGAGCGCCGUCCCCGCUACCAGCACCCGAAAGGCGCUCCCAACGCUGACCUCAUCUUCAAGACCGGAGGAAGAGAGAAAAGAGCAAGAAAUGAAAGUCAGGAGAAGCGAGACAGGCAGGAGAAGCAGGAGAGAAACCAAAGAUAUGAGUUGGAGUAGGCUAAAAGAGCCAGAGCUGCAGCAGUCCAAAGGCGAGGCUUUAGCAAGCAAAAAAUCUCAGUAUUGAGGACAUCUUGUUCCUAUUUUCACUGAAUCUCAUUUUUUAAGUGCAGACAGUUCAAGUAAGUUUAUUUAGUUAUUUUUUUUUCCCCCUUUAAAAAUUGAAGUCUGCAAAUAAAGAUCACUUCCUGGUUACAUGUUGACAUCAA